UGUCGGCGGUGCCACGCCCGGUGAGACGAUGCCCGAGACCUUCAAGAAGGCCCCCAACGAUCAUCCAGGUGUGCAAUCACGCAUCUGCCUGCCCACGCCCCCGUCAGGGGGCGACUUUCCACACCCGGAUACACCAGUACCCAGGAUGCUUUAAGGCAUAUGUGGCGCAGCGAGUGGUUGUUCUCAAAGCCGCUUAUGCACCAUGUUGGAACGAAGCCAACCUUCAUCCAGUUGCAGUCCUGGCAGAUGGUGUGUCACUCCGGCCCCACAGGACUUAAUCCAGUGUGGUUCCACGCCAGCAACUCAAUACCUGGGUCGAUUACACACCCAGGCAAGAGAUGCGGCGACUUUCAACGCUUAGCCUCAUGGGCUCCACGCAUUAGGAGAUGUGACCGCGGUCACAUCUCCUAAUGCGUGGAGCCCAUGAGGCUAAGCGUUGAAAGUCGCCGCAUCUCUUGCCUGGGUGUGUAAUCGACCCAGGUAUUGAGGUGCUGGCAUGGAACCACACUGGAUUAAGUCCUGUGGGGCCGGAGUGACACACCAUCUGCCAGGACUGCAACUGGAUGAAGGUUGGCUUCGUUCCAACAUGGUGCAUAAGCGGCUUUGGCUUGUCUCGCGGCGGCUUUGGACUCGCUGAAGUACGGCGUGUUCAUAAAUCGUUACAUUCAUUUAUCGAGGCGAUACUGGCACCCUUUUGUUCCCAGCGUGGCGCGUUCAACCAUCUGCCGUUCCUUCUUACGGUUUCUUUUGUUCUGCUGGCAGCAACCAUCCAAUUUCCACCCUUUGAGUAUUCCAGCACGGCCCCAGCACACUACCAUUGGCGGGCACCCUUUCAAUUGCAGAACAACCAAUCGCUGCGCCACAUAUGCCUUAAAGUAUCCUGGGUACUGGUGUAUCCGGGUGUGGAAAGUCGCUCCUUCACGGGGGCGUGGGCAGGCAGAUGCGUGAUUGCACACCUGGAUGAUCGUUGGGGGCCUUCUUGAAGGUCUCGGGCAUCGUCUCACCGGGCGUGGCACCGC